AUGAAAAAUGGAAUGAAAACUACUUCACUUGGAGGAAUAAAAAAUAUAUUAAGAAAAGAUUCAAAAAUAGAAAAAGAAGAAAAAUUAAGAAAAAUAUUAAGAUCAUUAGAUAAUUGUUAUGUUAAAGUUAAAAAAACAAGUUGUGAUAAUAUUGUAGUUAAUAUAGAACAGGAAGAAUUUUUUUGUGAUACUUUCUCUUUAAAAGAUGUUAUACAAUUAAUUGCCUUAGUAGAAUUAUUUUUUUCAACAAUACUUAUUAUUAUUAGUUUUGAACAUAUUUUUCCACAUGGUCAAAAACUUUUUUUUAUUCAAGAUAGAAGUAUAAUAUCUAAAGAUCUCGGAAUACAUCUAUUUUUAACACAAUUUUGUGGUUCAUUAUUAAAUAUAUUUUCUAUUAUAUGUCUUUUUAUUUGUAUUAAAACAAAACGUACAAUAUUUUUAUUACCCCAUAUAAUAUGGCAAAUUUUUUAUAUUAUACUUUCUUUUCUCCUGACAAUUAUUAUAAUGUAUUUUGUAAUAAGUAGAAAAAUGUUACGAGGGUCUGCAGAAGCUUUUCUUUUUAUGAUAUUGAUACCGUUAAUCUGCCAAAUAUAUUUUAUUUCAUUAUUUAUAAAAUUCUAUCGUCAAGUUGAAAAAAAUGAAAAAAUAAAUAUUUUAGUCAAAAGUAAAUGUAUUAAAAAUUUGAAUAAUCUUUUGUCAAAUGGUUUAUUAGAAUUUAGCAUAGAGAGAGAAAGAAGACGGAUUGAGAUGAUGAAUUCAAUGAAAAUUCGAAACAAUGAUAAUAUACAAAAUAAAUCUAAAAAUAAAUAUAAGAAAUCAAGAUUAAUUUUUUGCUAA